AUGUCUAUAGCGGCAGGACUGCGAGAGAUCGUUGAUAGACUCAAUGCUCCUCCUCUACACAUUAAUCUAUCCUUAGUGCAAUUCGAUGAGCUGCCAGCGUCGACCCUCCUGUCAGUAGUGAACAAGGUCCUUGCAGUGCUCGAUCCGAGACACAAUGUCGAUAUAGAUAAUGAGCGUAUGGAAGAUACCUACAAGCGCAUGGUUGACUUCAUCACCGUGCUAGGCUAUCCGGACGAUAGCGCCAUAGCGUCUAAAGAAGGAUUCAUGAACGGCGACAAGAGAGUACUUCAUCCUCUUUUGUACUGGCUAUUGGUCAAUCUGACUGCCCUCAAGGAGAGGGCAUACUUAGCUAGAUUUCUAACCAACUUCGAAGUCCCUCAGGACUUCUUGCAGGACGAGAACAUCGCAGAUAUGUAUUCGAAAUAUAAGGAGCUCCAGUCUACGUUCAAGGCUACCCAUUCGGCGCUACAACACCAACGGGAGACGUCUGCGAUGCCGGACGAAUUGAAACGUGAUAUACAGCAGCUGAGUGUAGAGAAGGACCAGCUUAUUGGAAAGUUAAAAGCGCUCAAACAUCGUACCACUGGUGAUGCUGAAUUCAACGCAAUUUUUGAUGUCACUUCUAGACUGCGGCAUGAGCAGGAAGAAGAGGCGCAGUUGGCUGACACGUACAGGAAGCUACGGAGACAGCUUGAUGAAGUCGAACGCCUGCAUCGAGGGGCUGCACAGAGGCUUGAGGAAAUGCGCCAGGCGCGGGCGGAGGCUGAGGAGGAGCCAGGGAGGAUGCUGGAGGCACGUAUAGUCGUACGCAAUGACGUGCACAACGCUGGGGUUCAACUAGAACGGACGAAAGCAGCUCAUGAUGCACUGUGUCAAGAACUAGAAAGUGCUGAGAAACAACUGAGCGUCCCUAAUAUUGAUGACGCGACGCUGUUGGAGAUGGAAGAGAAGUUGGAGAGCCUACAGGAAGAGGCUGAGUCGAUGGAGAGCAGCCUCAAGAGUCAGUUACAAGUCUAUAGGCAGCAGGCUCAGCUCGUGGCUAAGAAGCAUGAGGCGUUAUCGACGAAGGUGGAGGCUAUGGAGAUAGAGAGGAAUGCUGCAGCGCUCGAGUUGGAGCAGUUGGAGUCGAAAUACGAACAGCAGAUGGGGCAUCGUUACCUCCGACGGGAAGACUUCAAAGAAUAUGCCGUCACACUGAGAGAGAAAACGAGGAAGUUCAAGUCGGCAAAAAGCGAAAUGCAAAGUCUCAGAUCAGAGGGGUCCAUAUUAAAGAGGACUGAACAGUUGUUGAAGGAGAAGUUGGAAGAUUCCAAGAGGAGACUACGAACAGUCGAGGAGGAGUACGGUGUGGUUGGUCACGACGAGCUGGAGUCGCGUCUGAUGGAGGCCUCGGAGGCGAAGUCAGCUGCUGAUGCCAAGAAGGGAUCUCAAAUGGAGGAGCUGUCGGAGGUGGUGACGAAAAUCAACUUGUUGCUCCGAGAAAAGAAAAACGAAUUGGCGCCUCGCAUUAAGGCAGGGGCUUCCAGAGAACGACUGGCGGAAGCCGAGGCGAUUUACCUCACGAAGAAAACAAAGUAUGAGGCUAUUGAGACAGACCUCAGCAGAGAAGUAAAGGAGCGUAAGAGCGUGACGGAGAGAUUGCUGGAAGAGACCGAAUAUUUGCGAAGUCGGGCAGCGGAGAUCGAGUUGAAAAUCAUAGCGUAA